AUGUUCGAUUUGUAUCGUUCAUAUCGCAUAUCGGGAAUCAAAGUGUUGUAUCGGUCGCAUGUUCGAGGUGCUUAUGCUCAAUUUUCUCGAUUGGAUGAAGCAUGUGUACGUCUCGGUGUUAUUCCAGUGGCCUCUGCCAACGAAUUUACGUCGGAAGUUAGUGCUGAUCAAUUACGUCUGAAGAAUUUCUAUCGUGAGUUAGUGGUUACGAAGGAUUUCGAGUUGGAUCGGCGUACUCUUUGGGUCGACAGUGGUCAGGAUGGAGUUCCUUCUCAACGUAAUCCCUGGUUGUCUGAUACGUCGAAAUCUCAUUACGGUUUGUUUUGUAAGCUUGUGAAUCUAACUAUCGAUUUAAAGUCGAAAACAAACCGAUGUGGAGUUCUAUACAUUUCCGUUUUCAUUAAAAUCCGCGAUCGUAAAGUAAAUUAA